UUUUUUUUUUUUGCGCACACAGUGCUUCUGAUGAAGUCUGUGAGUCAGGCUGUUUCUGAGCUCCGAUAGUUUAAUGGAAAGAUUUAUAUACCGGCUGUAUUAUUUACUUUGGGAGGGGAGGUGGCAGUAUAAGGGUAUGCUAAUUAGUAGGAGAUUUUGGGGGGAAGGGGUGGAAUAUCAAUUUUUAUUGCAUCACCUGUCAGGAGUGUCCAAUCAGCGUUGGCUUUAGGGGAAUUAAUUGAUGAAGGUGUCUCCGGACGAGCUCACUUCACUCUGUCAUUUUAUUUGUAGCUAAAGCAGCGGCGGGAAUAGCAGCUGCAUUUCUUUUCUCUUUCUCCCUUCACAUUCCAUUAUCAUAGUGCUCCAAUGGAGAAGGAAGGAGUAGAGGGGCCCAGGUACUGAUCUGCAUCGAGGACUCAGACCAACACACUGGCAGACCUGAAACCGGAUGGUUUUUUCCCUCUUUUUUAAAAAAACGAAAACCAAAAAAAAAGCAAGAAUCAAGUCAGUGUAAUUUCAUGGGGUUUUUCCUCCCCCCCCCCCAAUAAUUCGCCUAGAGUUUGGCACUCCCUUCGCCGGGAAUAACAGUCUUUGUUAUUUUAUUAGCAGGAUGCCUUGAGACACACGCAGCAUCUGGCGGAGGAUUAACAUACAUACAUGUGUAUGUAUGCGUCACGUAUAUAUUUACUGCAAAUGGUGGGGAUCAUUUAGUGCCCGAGAUGGGAGACCUGAAGUCAGGUUUCGAAGAGGUGGAUGGCGUGAGGCUCGGCUACCUCAUCAUUAAAGGAAAGCAAAUGUUUGCUCUCUCCCAAGUCUUCACAGAUCUGCUGAAAAACAUCCCGAGGACCACCGUGCACAAGCGCAUGGAUCAUCUCAAAGUGAAAAAGCACCACUGCGAUCUGGAGGAGUUGCGGAAACUCAAGGCAAUCAACAGUAUUGCCUUCCACGCGGCCAAAUGCACGCUCAUCUCCCGGGAAGACGUAGAAGCGCUCUAUACCUCCUGCAAAACCGAGCGUGUGCUCAAGACCAAGCGCAGGAGGGUCGGUCGGGCCCUGGCCACAAAGGCGCCGCCGCCAGAGCGCGCCGCCGCCGCCAGCCCCCGCCCGGCUUUUUGGAAGGACAAGCACCAACUUUGGCGGGGCCUGAGCGGAGCCGCGCGGCCCCUGCCAAUCAGCGCGCAGUCCCAGCGUCCGGGCGCCGCCGCCGCGCGCCCCGCCGCCCAUCUACCUCAGAUUUUUAGCAAAUACCCGGGCUCGCACUACCCGGAGAUCGUUCGCUCGCCUUGCAAACCCCCUUUAAACUAUGAAACUGCCCCGCUCCAGGGAAACUACGUCGCCUUCCACUCGGAUCCCGCUUAUUUUCGGAGCCUGCUGUGCAGCAAGCACCCGGCAGCCGCCGCCGCCGCCGCCGCCGCCGCUGCUGCCGCCGCCGCCGCCGCCGCCUACUACCAGGCGUCGGCGGCCGGGCCCCAGCCCAAGGCGGCGACCGGAGCGGGAGGCCCCGUGAGCCUGACCUAUCGCUGCAAGCGCAAGCGCGGGGGCGCCAAGAACUGCCUGCUCGCGCCUCACGCCGGCGCCCGGAGACUGCUGCUGCUGCCCAGGUCCUACAAAGCCAAGGCGGCGGCGGCGGCGGCUGCGGCGGCUGCGGCGGCGGCUGCAGCCGCCGGAGCCACUUGUUUGGAGAGGUUUCAUCUGGUCAACAGCUUCUGCCCGCCUCCCCACCACCAUCACCACCACCACCACCAUCACCACCACCACCACCAUCGGGCCCAGCAGCCAACGCCGAGUCACCACCCCCCUCACCACCACCGACCGCAGCCCCAUCUAGGAAGCUUUCCCGAGAGUUGUAGCAGCGACUCCGAGUCCAGCUCCUACUCCGACCAUGCAGCCAACGACUCGGAUUUUGGCUCCAGUUUGUCCAGCUCCAGCAACUCCAUGUCCUCAGAGGAAGAGGAGGAGGAAGGAGAGGAGGAGGAGGAAGAGGAGGAGGAAGAGGGGGGCAGCGGGGCCUCGGAUUCCAGUGAAAUCAGCUCCGAAGAGGAGGACUCAUCCACCGAGUCAGACUCCAGCUCCGGUUCCAGCCAAGUGUCAGUGCAGAGCAUCCGUUUCAGGCGCACCAGCUUCUGCAAGCCUCCCAGCGUGCAGGCGCAGGCCAACUUUUUGUACCAUCUGGCCUCCGCCGCCGCAGCAACCAAACCCGCUGCUUUCGAGGAUGCCGGCCGACCUCCCGACCUCAAGAGUAGUGUCAAAGCCGAGUCGCCAGAGGAGUGGAAUCCACAGGGCUGGGCUCCCAAAGGGGCUCCGGUGUACUGUCCGGCCAGUAUGGGGAGUUGUUUCCAAGAGAUAAGAAACGAUAGGGUAUCUGAGAUUACAUUCCCACACUCUGAAAUUUCCAGUACUGUAAAGAGAACUGACCUGACAAUUAACUGCCUGGCAGAGGGGGCCUCUUCACCUAGCCCAAAGACAAACAAUGUAUUUCCACAACAAAGAAUACUCCGAGAGGCUAGGAAAUGCCUACAAGCAACUCCAACUACACACUGUUCAGAUAACAUAGCUGCUAGGUUCUUAAAUAAUGGUUCUUGUGGAACAGCAACAAAUUCAGGAAAAGAUUCCAAAAUCCCUCAUUGUCUUGAAUUUGCUAUGGAUUUGGCCUCUUCGCAAACUGAUCCCGAAGUGGAUGCAGGAGCAACUAAAGCUGAGAAUCUCUGCACUGACACAGGCGACAAAACAUUGCCUUUUCUGCACAAUAUUAAAAUCAAAGUAGAAGACAGUAGUGCUAAUGAAGACUAUGAACCUGACCUUAUUACAAAUAAGCUAAAGUGUGAGUGCAAUGAUACAAAGGGUGAGUUUUACAGUGUGACUGAGAAGAAAGAGGAGGACGCCUUUUUAACCACAGCCAAGGAAGGUUUUGCAUGCCCUGAGAAAGAAACUCCUUCCUUAGUUCCACUGGCUCAGAGUCAGGGCCUUUCAUGCACUUUAGGAUCUCCAAAACCUGAGGAUGGGGAAUAUAAAUUUGGUGCAAGGGUGAGAAAAAAUUACCGGACACUAGUACUGGGUAAACGACCAGUCCUUCAGACACCUCCAGUCAAACCAAAUUUGAAAUCAGCUAGAAGCCCUCGUCCUACAGGUAAAACUGAGACACAUGAAGGAACACUGGAUGACUUUACAGUUUUAAACAGACGCAAAAAGGUAGCCAGCAAUGUAGCAUCAGCAGUGAAAAGGCCAUUUAAUUUCAUGGCAAAUUUUCCUUGUCCACCAUCACUCAUUAUUGGGAAGGACGGGGAUUUGUGGCCAGCAUAUUCUUUAAACACCACUAAGGAUUCCCAACCUCCUCACAAGGCCCAUCCUAUAUGGAAAUGGCAGCUGGGCGGUUCUGCAAUACCUCUUCCACCUAGUCACAAAUUCAGGAAAUUUAAUUCAUAAAAAUGUUUUGGAAGAUAUUUUCUUGAACCAUAUUACCUUCCUUUUGUUGUAAACUGCACAGGAUGGCUUGUACAAGUCCAUUAAUGGUGUUACACCCCCUUUGGAGUCCUGGUUUAUCGCAUUUUGAAGACAGAAAUCGGAUUACUUUUUUUUCCCAUUGCGGGUUUUUUUUUUUUUU